AUGUGUUCGCCUUGGAUAUUCUUGAUAUUGUUUCUACUUCCAGCUGCCGUUAGCGCAGCCAAGUGCAAAGCAGCUCCCAAAUCUGUGCAGAACGUUCAAAUAUGCUGUCCGUUACCCUUGCCCAAUUGGGGCGCCUACAACAGCGAGUGCGGUCACUCGGGCGUGCAACCUAGCUGUCGUCUGGCUUGCAUAUUUAAUGCCACAAAGGCGCUGCAGGGUCGACAGCUCAAUUUGACCCAUGUGCGUCCGAUGUUGGAGCGCGCCUUCACUAAUCCCGACAUCAUCGAUGCCUAUGCCAACAAUUUUGCCAGUUGCGCCUCGUUGGUGCACAGCAAAUACCAGGAGCUGACACAGAUCAGUAAACAGAGUGAUGCCUGCGAUCGACACGCCCUCUUUUACAGCCUUUGCGCCUAUUCGCGACUGAUGAGACGCUGCCCAGCCAUAAUCUGGCAGCGCGCCAACAAACAGUGCCAAGAGGCGAGAGCGUAUAUGAAAACCUGUGCCUGGCCAGCACUCAAGAUGUUCAUGAAAAGCACAUAGAAUAAAGCUAAAUGCUA